UUAUUGGUGCUUUAACAAAAAUUUACACUUAUAUCACCACCACCAACACCAGCUCAGUUAGUGUGGGACGCAACCCUCCCUAAUUGUGGCUAUUCGUUUGUUCUCUCUUUCUAAAAUCGCUUCCUCCAUUUGGAGCAAAUAAACAUGGCUGUUUUCACUUCCGUAAUGCCCAGUUCAUGCUGUUCGGCUUUCCACCCUGAUUUUCAGCCCAUAUCACAUAGCUGCUGCUCGGUUAUGGUAAAGUACUCAGUCAAUUGUUGCUUAACUGCAAGAUCGGUGAAACCAUCCCCAAAGAGGCGGCGAUCAUUGACCUCUGUUCCCGCUUCUACUACUGAUCUCGUGAUUCGAAACGCGGCAACCAAACCGGCUAAAUCUCCAGCUGAAGAAGAGUGGUCAAUUAAGAGAUCAAAACUGGUUGAGAAGAGAGUGAGGAGUGUGGAUCCAAAGGAAGCAUUGAGGCUUCAAAAUGAGAACAAUUUUGUGAUUCUUGACGUCCGGCCCGAAGCAGAGUUCAAAGAGGCUCACCCGCCAGGAGCAAUUAAUGUCCAAAUGUAUAGGCUAAUAAAGGAAUGGAGAGCUUGGGACAUUGCUAGACGAGCAGCAUUUGCCUUUUUCGGAAUCUUCCAAGGAACAGAAGAAAAUCCCUACUUUCUUCAAACUGUGGCGUCUAAAGUAGAUAAGAAUGCGAAAAUAAUUGUAGCUUGCACAUCUGGAGGCACAUUGAGGCCAUCUCAAAAUCUUCCUGAAGGCCAGCAGUCAAGGUCACUAAUUGCAGCAUACUUGCUAGUUCUCAAUGGUUAUACAAAUGUUUACCACUUGGAUGGAGGGCUCUGUACCUGGUUUAAGGAAGGACUGCCUGCAGUCUCUAAAGAAUAAAGCCAGAUAAUUUUCAUCUGCCUUCGUUGCAUGCCAGAACGAUGUUUUUUCUUCCCCAGAGAUCAUCACAGAUCAACCAGCAAUGUUAUCGAAAGCUUACACCUUGCUACACAAAUUCAUGCUUCAACACUUCACAGGCCGGAGAGUGAGAAUCAUCUACAACUGAACACGCUAGGCUGAAAUUGUAUUGUACAUCUAGUGGCAUUUGUUUAAAGUUUAGCUUGUGCUUAUUUCCUUUUCAGUGUACUCGUGUUCAAGCUAUUUUGUAUUCUGAUUAAUUUUUUCUUGAAAGGAUCAUACUUCCAUCAAUAUGACUGUUAGUUGCUUAUUGUUAGAAUAUAAAAAUAUUUCCUAA